UUUAUAUAGUGCGCCAGCACACUUCACAAUAGGUCUUCUGCCAGAAUCUCCAUUAUAACAACUAACUAAUCAUGUCUUCCGAAGGUGAGUGUGAAUUUGAUUUUAAUAUGAAACAGAGUGUUGGUAAAAAAAGGAGGCCAAAACCUAAAAAUACCGAAGAUCCCCAGUCGAAAAAGCAAAAGUUUGAUUUAGACCUAUCUGUAGAUAAGGCCAAAUCUUCGAAAAUUCGCCCGUUUAGAAUCAAGAUAUGCGAUAAUCAAAUUAUGGAGAUCAUAGAACGCCAGUCUACUUCGUAUGUCUCGUUAACAAAAAUGAAAGGAAACUAUCUGUUUAACAAAUAUAAUAUUAAUGUUAAGGACUUUAAAUUUUAUAAGAAAGCCUUCGAUGCAAUGAACGAACAUUUAAACAAAAAUGUUUAAUUUUAUUUCAAAGAAAAACGCUUUCAGAGGAUAUGCCAAAACUUAUAAAGUGCUUAUUUUAGAAAAUAUUGAUCCUGCUGUCUUUUUUUGAAAAUAUAACUUCUAGUGUUUGUAAUAUUUUAGCUAAUGAUAAUUUUGAAAUUAUUAUUUUUGAACCUGGAACAGCCAUAGCGCAAUUAAUUUUUGAAAAAAUUAUGCAUCCAACUUUUAUAGAAACAGAUUCAUUAAACAUCACUAACAGAGAUGAAAAGACUUCAGAGAAUGUAGAGAAAAUUAACUUGUAAUGUACUCAAUUAUUAUUUUAUAUGUACUCAACUAUUGUAUAUGUACUCAUAUAUUAUUUUAUAUGUGUGUACCCAAAUAUUACUUUGUAUUUAAUUUUAAAAUCUGUAUUCAAAUAAACAAAUAUUAUAAAAGAAUUGUUCCUUUCUUUUUAGACAAUAUAAAAAAAUUUAAAAUACCAACAAUUAAAAAACACAACUUUACGCGAAUUAAAAGAUGACCUAAACUGGAAUUUUGUUUCUCGCUACCAAAAACUUGACCAACAAUUUAUCGACGAUUUCCAAUGUCAACUUUCUUGGUGUCGUAUUAUAAAAUAUCAAAAAUUAGAUCGAGAUUAUAUCGUUUGCAAUAGCAAAAAUAUAUUGCUGUUCUUACUUGAAGAAAUAUGUCUUGCUUUAGAUAAACUGAAGGAAAAACUGGAAACACUUAAACAAACUGUAUUCAUGUAAUGUAAAAAAAAGAAAUUUAGUGUUAUAUUAUUUCAAAUUACCAUUCACUUUUGGAAAAACUUUAACUCCUUAUUCACAAAUUUUAAAAAUUAAUUUUGUGAUUAGUGCCACUCAUUACACUACUACUGACACACGAUCCUCUUAUAUCUCGCCACCCCCUUGAUAUUUAAUCACCAAAAUUUAAUAGCAUCA